AUGCGCAUCAAAGUCGGCGUCGCGCUCUACCUCGUUCGGACUUCAUAUGAACAACAAGGCUACUACCACUGGGCCAUCGUCGCCACUAAAGAGGAGAGCUGGCAAAGUCAGCCAGUAAGGGUCUACGAAAUCAAACGCGGCUCUGGCGGGAGAUUCAUUCAGUCCUUCACCUCUGAACGGCUCGACAAAUCGAACGCCCUCACAGGCAUCGUUGACCUCUUCACCACCGAUGUGUAUUCUUCAUUCGAUCAAAUCCUGAUGCGCGUGAGCAACAUCGGACCUGAGGACCGUGGAUGGCGGUUCCCCGGAAGGUUUGGUCCUCCAGCUGGGUGGGACUGCUCGACUUGGGUUCUGCAAGCCCUUCAGCGGUUCUAUAAUGACGGAGCAUGGAACGUGCCUGAAGAGAUCUUCUUGAAGGCAUACACCACCAUUCUGAACCGCGGAAGUGAGAUGGGCGCAACACCUCGAUCCGCUGCGAUCAGAUCAAUUCCGCUAAUCAGAGCUCCUCGAGGAUACGGAUAUUGA